CUCAGGGGCAUGAAGACAACUGUAAUGCAUAUCCUGACGCUCAGAAUAUGCAUUUUAUGUUUGUGCAUGUGACGAAGUACAAAGGAGACACUUAUACAUUCCUACCCAUUCUCCAAAAAUAUCUACAAAUAGUCCUUAGCAUACUGAACGUGUUGUAUCUAUUCAUUCGAAUGGAAAUACAUUGUUUUCUACCAAUUUUGUGUUAUUAUUCUGGAACCCAAAGCCAUUAAUGGAAAAUCAGAAGUUAUAGAAACCGUGGAUAACUAAUAACAGUUUGACAUGUUUUGAAAAAGAGUUUAAUUCCAUGGUUACACCUCCUUAUAUUGACUGACCUGUAAGGUGUAUUAUUUAGAAUGAACUGACCUAAAAUGAAUUCAAAUUUGCAAAACGACAUGGCAUGCUUGGUUGAUUCCCUGGAGUUUUUUAAAGAUGAUAUACCACAACGCACACAAGCAUUGGAACAUCUUGCAGAUAUGUGUUUACAAGAUAAAGGGUCCAUCCUUUUUAAUAAAACAAAUGGUUUAGCAACUGUUUUUAAAAUCGCAUUUAACAAAAAUACACCUCAAGUUGUUGUGCAGAAAGCAUUACUGACACUUGGCAACGCUUGCCUCAAAAGUGAUGAGAAUAAAGGUAUUCUGUGGUCUGAACAAGUGCUGCAAUUUCUUCAUGAUAUUUUAUUAUCAAAAGAUCAAAGUGUCAAAAUUAUUGCCUCAACAACUUACUUUCUUGCUUGUUUGUGCAGUAAUAAUGAUAUUACCACCCAAAAGGAAACCAAAAAAAUUUUAAAGUUGAAGAAUGGUUUGACAAAGCUGAUAUAAACUCGCCAGUUAUAUUAAAUCACAUAUCGCAUGCAUUAAAAGCUCUUAUAAAUAAAC